AUGGAGCAGCUCCUCCGGCGAGAGCUCAAAACAUGGCAGAAAGCCUUCAAGGCGCAACACGGGCGAGACCCAACCAAGCGAGACAUCCUCGCGGACCCGGGCAUCGCGGGCACCUACGACACAUGGCAAGCUGUUGGUGGCGACGCUGCUGCCAAGCCGAAACCGAGACGUAGCGAUGCACCAUCGAGCUCAAAGCGGCGAUUGAACGAGGAGGCGGUGCCGUCGAGCUCGAAGCAGCGCCUGGACGAGGUGAUUAGAACACCAUCCAAACGAAAGGUGCUAAAGGACGCAGGGACGCCAUCCAAACGACCCUCAGUGAAGGACGCAGGUACGCCGUCGCGGAAUCCAUUUCGCACACCAACAAAGCCCUCGGCAACACCGGGCAAGAGUCGCAACCCCUUCGCCUCACCCUCCAAGCCUUCUCCCGCCAGCCCAGCGCGCUCGCUUAUCGAAGUCGACCUCACGCCCACCAAGCCCUUUCUCCAACGCAACAGCUUUACACCGACCAAAUCACCCUCCGCAGCGCAGUACAUUACUUCUUCUCCCUCAAAACUGCGGAGCACUCUCCAGACUCGCACACCGACAAAGUCGCCUUCCCGCCGUACACCGAGCGACGCAGCGCUGAACGCGGCCCUGGCAGUGUACACGCCGCGCACGAAAGCGCGCAAGCGACUGCGGGGCGAGGACGUACCACCCACUCCAAACCGGCGGGUCGUAUCCGGCCCAGGCGUGGGGGCGCAAACAGAGCCGCGAGCGGUGCAAAAGGGCUUGAGUGCAUUCGGCUUCGCCUCUAAUCGCAAGGUCAAAGGGAGGGCAAGCGAUCCUGCCCCCUCCUCCGGUAUCUUCGGUCGAGCCCGCGGUGCAACGCGAAACAACGAGAAACACUCCAGAGAAGAAGAAGAGGAAAUGCAGUCCCCACACAAAGCGACGAGAUCAGCCUCGAAGUUCCGACCGCUUUUCGCGUCGCCUGCACGCGCCGAUCGGCUCGGGGCGUCGUUUGCCGCGCGUGGCAGCCUUCCCUCCUCGGACGAUGAGAUCAUGGACGAUGCGCCGAGCACGGCUGUGGGCGGGCUGUUUGCGGCGCAUGUGGCGAGGCGACGUGCGCGCGAGGCCGGAUCGACCGUGGACGAGGAAGGGCUGGGGAAGAAGCAUAAGAUUCGCGCAGCGACACAGCUGCCCCAGAGCAGUGACGAUGAGGAGGCGGGGUUGGCAUCGAGCAGUCCCGCACGCUACCGCGCUUCGUCGCCGCACACAGAGCUCACCGUGCCGAGCAGCACCGUCCGCCCCUGCACCGCUUCCAAAUUCGAUCCCAACAACAGUCCCACUCGAGCCCUCAGCUCGAACCACAACAACAAAGAUGCAAAAGCAGUGGAGAACAGAACUGGUGUGGAAACGUGGCGCAAAGUGCACCGAGUCGAGCUGUCGGACGAAGACGAGCCGCGAACCAUCUCCAUCACUCCCUAUCAACUGUACCCGCAACGCGCCUCCUCUCCGCUCUCCGACGGCGAACAAGACUACUCGCUUCCGACAUCCGUCAAAUCGGGAAUGUAUGCAGUCGACCUUCUCGCCUCACCCAAGAGCGACGCCGAGGAUUUCUCAGCCAAUGGGCUUGCAGGUCUGCAGCUCUCGCCCGUACGACAUGCGCCCAGCGCCAAACGCGAACGUCAGCAAAAGGAUCGGCUGUUGAACGGCAUCUUCGACCCCACCGCGGCAAGCAGGAAGAGGAGGAUCCCAAAGACGUUCAAUCCCGAAGCUAGGUUCGGCACGCUACAGCCGUCCGCGACACACAGCGAUGGCGAGAUCGAUGGCCAUGCUUCAGAAGAAGGAGAUGGCGGUGCACCUCCAGCAGACGAUGAUGACGACGACGAUUGGCAACAGGAGGUCGAGGAGGACUUCACCUUCCUCGACUCCGAGAUCGAGCUGCAAGAUGUCGCGUAA